GGCACGCCGGCGCGUAUAGUCUCCCCGCAACUAUACGUUGCACAAUGUGGAAGCCCUCGCCGAUGGACUAAAUCUUCUGCGCGAAGCCACCGUCACCGGCGCCUUCUCAUCGUCAAGGCCGUGACCUUUGGCGCUCUCCAACAAAGGAUUUGCGUGAAGCCAUCGACACCGGCGCCUUUUGUCCACCCAACCAUCACCUCCUCAUCGGCAGCAGUAGUGGUGGAAUUGUAGCGCCGUGUGUGGCGAGACGUGCGAAAAUCUCACACUCAGUUUCAUAAGGCUUAGGGCACGUCAGGCCUCUCACGUGCAGACACGUUGCUUCCUUCUCCCGGACGUUGGUUCACGCAGAAGGAACAACAAUCAUCUCUAGUUGAGAGAGUCCUCUUACACACGCCGCAAGGUCAACUCAGCGUCGCGGCAUAUACAGUCAUGGACAAGGUCAGAGAAGCUCGAACACAGCUGCAGGCAUACAGAAAUGCCUCUUCCGAUGAGCAGCUGCGUGCGGAUUGCUUUCGGGUUGAUUUAGACCUCGAGCAAUUCGAAGUCUUCCUUCAGCAAGCCCUCGAACAUCGCGAAACACGAGCACUCACCACCAGAUACGCGAGUUCGUCAAACUUUCCGGUCAUCCAAGAUGCUCAAGUUCCUCAAUUGUUCGUUAACAACAAACCUGUAUUGCGACUUUUCCUGCGUGACAUCCUGUAUCGCGUUACUAGGAAAAAGCUCUACGAAUGCUUGUCAGCACAAGGGUGCACCGAUUUUUCCAUAGAUAGUCUUAAGAAUACAAGAAAGGGCUCCGUCGCGGUCAUUUCUUGCAAGUUGCUGUCAUCCUCAUGCGCUAUUCAGAUCAACUCUUGUAAAAAAGAACUGACUUUCACAGAUCCUAGAGGCAGAGUCUCAUACAUCAAAACGAGACCCGAUCAAUUCACUCAGCAAGAACCUUUACCGAGCACUCAACCCGCAUUCAACAAAUUAACGCUUCUUCCCACUCCUCUUGUAGACAUUUUACAAUGUGGAGAUGUGAUCAAACGCUUAGCUCACUAUCUUACUUACAAUAAUUUCCUAAAUCUUUACACAGCUUGCCAUGAUGACCCCCAAUUCCAUGGCACAGCACUUCCAUUCGACUCUUGUUACGAUCGGUACUCUCACCCCAGUGGUCUGAAUAGAAUGCUUGAGGAUGUCAAUAACUUCAAAUUCACUAGUAUUUCAUUCAAUACUUCAGUCAAUAUAAUAGAAAUUCCGUUUAUUAACAAAUUGUUAUGGCGCUGCGUCAGCCACAGGCCCAUUCCCGACAAGUAUCUUACAACUACCAUAUUGUAAAUGCACUCAUCAGUGCUGGUCCUAAACAAACCUUUGAAGUACUCAUAAACAAUACGUGGGGAAAGAAAAGAACUCGAGUAAUCAAACUAGCUAACUUAGCUGG